CCAUAGCUAUUUUUGCAUCUCUCUCUAUUGUUUUUGAGGUUUAUUUGUUCGCAUUCAUAGUUCGUAGGUUUUCACUUUAAUCACCGUACACGUGGCAUGAAUGACUGGUCUAUAUUUAUGUUCCGAUACUCUGUUAGAAUUUGUGUUGAUUGUGCUUAAAAGUUAAUUCAUACGCAUUUGUUUAUUUGUAAAUUCUAGUAGUAGCUAUCCCAUCAUGUCAUUGUCUACAUCGGCCGUCGAUUUAGAAUAUUCCAGUGAAGUUGCAGGCACAGAUGACCUCAGUUGUCCAGAGGAGCUUGAAGGAUCAAGUCAGAAGAAGGAGGAUGGCUCUGGAGACGGGGACAGCACAAGUUCCUCCUCGUCUAGCCCUGAAGUUGACCAGCAUCUACACCAGGAGAAGAAAAAAGCUGCUGGUGACACUCCUACUUCUGAUGAGCCAAAUGCGGACAACACCAACAAAGUUCCUCCGGAGCCGGAACCUCAGGCAAAACAAAGCGUCCGAGAAGCUAAAGCAGCCAGAACUGAUAAACCCUUGGCUGAUAAGUCCACUGAUGCAAGGGCUGGCAGGAAGAAUACUAAGGCUACAGGACGCAGAGCUUAUCACAAGGUUCAGUCAAUAUAUACACUGCAUUAUGCAUUAAUCCGUGACAAGUACGCGGUGUGUGACGAGUAUCCUAAGGACCUGCUGCCCUCCACAUCCUCCCCUCAUCCUGACCAUAAGAAGUGGAUAGACGACCUACUGCGCCCCAGCGGCGGGGCCACCAGGGCCUCCACGCCUUCUCCUAAUGAUGGUGAGAAGGCCCGCAGCAGCGAGCCUGACGCCCCCCCAGCGCCCCCCAAGAGCGCAGGGAGUCGCGACGCCCGCGAGCGCCUCAAGCAGGAGGAGCAGGACGGCAUCAUCCUGAGCCCCCAGCGCCGCAGCUUUGGCACGGGUUGCCAGCUGAGCGGUGGGGGGGCGGGGGUGGGUCGCCCCGCGUCUCCCGCAGACCCCCGAGGGCGCGACGCCCCUGCACUCACCAGUGUCCACCACCGUCAGGAGCUGCCGCUGCAUCGCCGCAUUGGCUCAGGGCGAAUAAUGCGGAGGGAUGAGGCAGAACCUCAGGCGUUGCUGGAGGCCCCUGUGUCUGGCCGGCGCGGUGUUGCUGCUGCUGGAGACCUUGACCUGCCUGAGCCUCCCAGGGGGCGCGACCCACGUGACUGGCGUAACAAGGAGCCCCAGCUCACCCAUCACCACCUCCGCUACGACAGAGAAGAAAGGUUCGAUUCUCGCCGGCGCGGUUUUUUCGAGGCGUCGGAGACAGAGAAGACGUUGGACCUAACACCUCCCCAGCAGCCACACCGCCAGGGGCCUCAGCAGCAACGCAGCUACUCCCGCAACACCCAGGACAACCAGCGCAACCCCAGAGGGCGGGUGGUGUACAAUAACUCAAGCUACACGAGCAGUGGUAGCAGUGGUAGCAACUACCACAACUACAACAGACGCCAAGAAGAAGAGGAAACACCUGAGUGGUUCAGUGAAGGACCAACCAGUCAGAACGAGUACAUUGAGCUGGUGGGCUUCGAUGGUCCCGUCACAGACGACAGCAAAUGUGAGGCCCUCAGGAGCAGGCGAGAGUCGCCCCCCGCCGACCCCCGGCCUCCCAGCAGCAAAGG